UAGAUUAGGCAUAAUAGUUCACACACAACUGUGAAUUUAAAACUCACUUUUCAUCAAUAGUUUUAUUCGAUCACUGAAAUGAAUAUAUUUAGGGUUUAAUAUACACCAUGUAAUUUCAUCUCUAUUUAAGUUUCUUUUUGUCCAGUCAUGGCUGUGACAUUUCACACUCGUGGACGUCAUGGAUAUGCAGUUAAGUUUUCACCCUACUUUGGUCAGAGAUUCCUUUGUGCAACUUCACAACAUUAUGGAAUAGCAGGUGGUGGAACACUAUUUGUACUGGACAUCCUUCCCAGUGGAAUUCAAGUGAUCAGCAGAUGGGAGUGGGGAGAGAGUCUUUUUGAUUGUUCAUGGAGUGAGCACAAUCAGGAUUUUAGUAUUGCUGCAAGUGGAGAUGGUUCAAUACAGAUGUGGGAUCUCAAAAACCCAAAGGGUCCUAUAAAGGUCUGCAAAGAGCACAGUGCAGAGGUGUAUGGUGUUGACUGGAGCUGUAAUAGACAACUUGAUCAAUUUUUAAGUGCAUCUUGGGAUCACAGCAUAAAACUGUGGGAUCCAAAUGGAGCUCAAUCUCUAGCUACAUUUGCUGAUCAUCAGCAUGUAGUAUACAGUGCAGUGUGGUCUCCACAUGUUUCAAGGACAUUUGCUUCUGUAUCAGGAGACAACACCCUCAGGAUAUGGGACAUAUCAGCCCCUCCACAUGCUCAACAGACCAUACAGGCUCAUGAUGGGGAGGUCCUCACUUGUGAUUGGGCCAAAUAUGACAUGAAUUUAGUGGUAACAGGAUCAGUGGAUACAAAAAUCAGAGGUUGGGAUCUUAGAAACACAACAGCCCCUGUGUUUACUCUUGAAGGUCACCAGUAUGCAGUAAGACGAGUUAAGGUAGGAACCGCUUUAAAACCAGUUUCCUGGGAGGGAAAAGGCAUUGUUGGCCUUCAUGCAACUCCCUUAUUUUUUAAAACAGUGAUUCUAUCCCUAACCAGUGUAGCCACCAUGGUGAGGGGAAAACAUUUAAGUGUCUAAAUAUUGAGGAAGGUGACCAAGUUGGUGACCUGUGUUCAGCUGUUGUGCAGUGUUUUUAUUCUCUAGUGUGUAAUUUUCCCCAGUAAUAAUGCAAACCCUUGUAGUUUUUUUUUUUAAAGUUUUGAUUAUUUUUAGUUAGUAAACUUCGUAUUUGGAAGGAGGGUCCUGCCUUUUUCUCUGAACCAAAUACUGAACUUUUUUGGUGACACUUGAUUUUUAUGGUCUGAUUUCUUUUCAAAUUGAUUAUUUGUCAUUUUCAUACACUGUAGCUAUUUUCAAUCAAGGACAAUACUCUGUUUAUUGGAGCUAAGUGACAGAGAGGCCCCCUGAGUCCCUCCUGUGUAUAGAGAGCUGAUUGUCACUUAAAAAAACUGCUACAAACAGUAGCUUAAGUGAAGAUGAUACACAUAGAAUGACAUACAUGUAAAAGAAGAGGCCAUUCACUCAUUCACUUACAUGUACAGGUGUAUGAACAUAUUCUAAACAUGUUUUCACAUCAAGAAGUCAGUUAUAGUCAGGGUCGAUUACAGAAAGUUAUCAUCUCAUCCAUUAUUUCUCACCAGUGCUCUCCUCACAAUGGCACCUUAUUGGCAUCUUGCUCCUAUGACUUUACAGUUCGAACAUGGAAUAU